UAGAAUUAUCAUUAUUAGUAUCACCAUUAUUAUUAUUAUUAUUACUGUUUUGAUAUCCUUUUUAUAUCCUGAUAAAUUCUUUACAGAGCAAAUCCAUAUGAGGGCGAUAUUUUUCCUGGCGUUGGCUGCACUGGCCACUGCUGAGCCAAGUCAAAGCAAGGUCGACAACGUGAAUGAGCCACAGGAUGGCGAUGUCCAUAACAGGGUCAAGAGAGAGCUCACGGGAGACCCGGAUGGCUACGGCCCCAACAUCAACGUGGAUUUGGAGAUCAACGCUGGACCCUAUGCACACGUAGCCGUUGACGUUGACGUCAACAUUGGAUUAUCCCCAACAUCAUUGGAAUCACUGAAAGAUUUUAGCUCGAAGACCAGCUGUUGCAUUCAACGUAGAUCUUGCAAGAGGAAUGCGUCACGAAUGUCAGCGUGAGUUGGUUUAGACGCAAGAGGAGAAGCCGGACCCGAGGCGGACGCACCUCAAGGCAGCAGCGCAGUUACACGUGACCUUUAUUGAAGGUGUUGUGUAUAACUAAGAAUAUUAAUUUGCAGGUCUUCAUUGUGAUGAUCAAAUAUUUUUUCCCUUUAUUCAAUGUACAAAUAAAGGUUUGAAAUCGCA